GAGGAGACACAUGGACAGAAGAGGAAGUGGACAUUGAGAGGAGACAAAGAGGAUCUCGCUGAGCAGUACUGUAACGAAGCACAAGGAGGGAGAGAAGACUGGAGACGAGGAUCAUCAUCAUGAUGGCAGAAACAGGAGCAGGAGCUGAACACCCUUCAGUGUCACUGCACAGCCUCCCAUGUGAAUCACAGUGUUUUGGGGACACGGUGACCUCUUACUCUGAGGACUCAGCAGCACUCGUGGAUGUGUGUGUAAAAAGUGAGCCUGAAGAUGAGCACAUUUCCCACCCUGAAUAUUGUACUGAGGUUCAAGAGAUGGGCUCAGGGCUGCACCUGGAGGCCGAGCACAUUAAAUCUGAGAUUGUCACGGUCAAAAUAAUGGAGGACAGUACUGAUCUACAGCUACAGUACAGAACUACUGAGGGGUUCUGCCCUACAUCAGAGCACUUAAACUCUUCUACUUGUUUUUUAUCCAAACAGUAUAAAUCAGAGACAGAUGAAGUCAAGAUAGAGCAGAAAUGUCAGUUACAGGUACCUUCUUGUACGGAGGAGAAUCUUCAUGAAGCUGAUUAUUAUGGCAUAAAGGAAGAGUGUGUUGAUUUCCGGGUGAAUGAGUUAAGCUCUAUUUCUAGUUUGUUUGUAAAACAUAAAUCAGAGACAGAUGUGAAAGAAGAACAACAUUGUCACUUCAAAGUGACCCCCAACACAGAGUUGACAGCUAAUGAAGCUGAAGGUGACCUUUUAGAGAAGAAUUCUGUAACCCAAGAGAACAGUUUAAUUAUUGGAGGGGAAAAGUGUUGCAGGCAGUGGGGAGCUCAUCUUUCUCAAACUUGUCAGAUUGUUCAUUCUGGUGAGAAACCAUACAAAUGCAGUGAAUGUGGGAAGAGUUUUUCCCAAGGAGGAACCUUAAAACAGCACCAGCUUGUUCACUCUGGCGAGAAACCAUAUAAAUGUCAUGAGUGUGGAAAGUGUUUCUCCCAAGGUAGUCACUUAACACAGCAUCUGCUUAUUCAUUCUGGGGAGAAACCCUAUAAAUGUAGUCAAUGUGAGAAGUGUUUUUCUCGAUCUAGUACCUUAAAGCAGCACCAGCUUCUUCAUUCUGGUGAGAAGCCGUAUAUAUGUAGUGAAUGUGGAAGUAGUUUUUCCCAAGGGAGUCACUUAAAACAGCACCAGCGUAUUCAUACCGGUGAGAAACCGUAUAAAUGUAGUCAGUGUGGAAAGAGUUUUUGUCAAAGAGGUGCCCUGAAACUGCACCAACUUGUUCAUUCUGGGGAGAAACCCUAUACUUGUAGUGAAUGUGGGAAAAGUUUCACUCGUGGAGGAAACUUAAAAGAUCACCUGCUUAUCCAUUCCGGUGAGAAACAAUAUAAAUGCAGUGAAUGUGGAAAGAGUUUUUCCCAAGGACGUCUGUUAAGAACACAUCAGCGUGUUCAUUCUGGGAAGAAAUUUGAAUGCAUUCAUUGUGGAAAAGGAUUUUCUUGUCAGAAUUACUUAAAGAAACAUGAGCUUGUCCAUUUUGGCGUGAAACCAUAUGAAUGUAGUGAAUGUGCAAAGAGUUUUUUCCGAGUCGAUACCUUGAAACAGCAUCAGCUCAUUCAUUCUUGCGAGAAAGCUUAUAAAUGUAGUGAAUGUGGGAAGAGUUUCCACAGAGUGAAUGCUCUGAAACAGCACCAGCUGAUUCAUUGUGUGCGAAAUCAUAUAAAUGUGGUGAAUGUCAAAGAAGUUUUGCUCUGAGGCGGUACUUGAAAAUUCAUGUGAGGAUACACUUCAACACCACUGCGGAGCACAGAUGCUGGGCUUGGGUCGCUGUGUAGUCUGACUCGGCGCUUUUCAUCUGAAACCUAAACUUCCCCAAACAGUUCCAGAAUGACUACAAGAGCCACUGCUCAGUCUUGGUCCUCUUGGACCAAGAGAAAUGUGGUCAUUCAUUGUUAAAGAACCUAGAAACUAAUCUCUUUUAGGGACUGUUUUCCAGGGAUCUUGUUCAAAUGGA